CAAGUUCCCCCCUCCGGCUGAAACCCUGCCUGAUUUGUGGGCAAUGUUGGGGAUGUAAAAAAAAAAAAAAAAAAGAAAAAAAAGAAAAGGAAACCGGAGCAAAGAGAGCGUAAGGAAAGGAGAGAUAGGGAGACAACACUAACUGGGUAGCUAUGGAGAUAGUAGGUUUUCCUGGUUGCUUUCUUUGACAGGUGUCGAGUGGGAUAAAAUAAAGUCCGAGAACAGCCUCCAAGAUGUACGGCAAGGGUAAAGGAGCUGUGGUCCCCUCCGACAGUCAAGCGAGAGAAAAGUUGGCGUUAUACGUGUACGAGUACCUGCUACAUGUGGGAGCACAGAAGUCAGCACAGACCUUCCUGUCUGAGAUUCGAUGGGAGAAAAAUAUUACGUUAGGGGAGCCUCCCGGAUUCCUUCAUUCUUGGUGGUGUGUAUUCUGGGACUUGUAUUGUGCAGCUCCGGACCGAAGGGAAACGUGUGAACACUCCAGCGAGGCGAAGGCCUUCCAUGACUAUAGCGCAGCGGCAGCGCCGAGCCCAGUGAUGGGCAACAUGCCCCCCAACGACGCUAUGCCAGGUGGUCCCAUGCCCCCAGGCUUCUUCCAGGGACCGCCCGGCUCUCAGCAGUCCCCCCAUGCACAGCCCCCCCCACACAACCCCAGCAACCCCAUGAUGGGACCCCAUGGCCAGCCUUUUAUGUCGCCGCGGUACCCAGGCGGUCCACGCCCCUCACUCCGAAUGCCAAAUCAGCCUGGGGGAAUCCCAGGAUCACAGCCUCUCCUGCCAAACAGUUUGGACCCAACAAGACCGCAAGGACAUCCCAACAUGGGUGGACCAAUGAGAAUGAAUCCUCCCAGAGGAAUGGCCAUGGGCCCACAGAACUAUGGAGGCAUGAGGCCUCCUCCCAACUCCAUGGGUGGUCCCAUGCCAGGAAUGAACAUGGGUCCUGGAGGAAGGGGGCCAUGGCCAGGACCGAAUGCUAACUCAAUAGCCUACUCCUCCUCAUCACCAGGAAACUAUGUGGGUCCAGCGGGUGGAGGAGGUCCACCUGGAACUCCCAUCAUGCCCAGCCCAGGUGACUCAACUAACUCCAGUGAAAACAUCUACACAAUGAUGAAUCCCAUCGGACCUGGAGGCAACAGACCCAAUUUCCCUAUGGGACCAGGGCCUGAUGGGCCUAUGGGAGCCAUGGGAGCCAUGGAGCCACAUCACAUGAAUGGAUCACUAGGGUCCGGAGAUAUGGAUGGGUUGCCAAAGAGCUCUCCCAACAACAUGGGAGGCAUGAACAAUCCCCCCGGGACGCCGCGGGACGACGGCGAAAUGGGCGGCAACUUCUUGAACCCAUUCCAAAGCGAAAGUUAUUCACCCAACAUGACGAUGAGUGUGUGAUUUUAUUUUAUUAUUUUCUUUUUAAUCUUUCUCCCCCAAUUUUUGUGACUCUGCGCCUGUUUUUUUUUUUUAUUAUUAUUGUUUUUUUCAACUCAAUCCCCAACUUGUCCUCGGAUUAACCCGCCUCCCCUCGUCACACACACACACACACACACACACACACACACACACACACACACACGACCCUCUGCCCUGUCCCGUAACUGCAUCCCUCCUCCACCGUCCAACCCGCCACCAUCUUCCCUCUUCUCCCUCGGGGACCUUGUGCGGCCACUCAGCCUUCCGGGAGCGCCCUGGAGCAUGCUGGGACUCUAAUUAAGACGGGCCCUCCUGGAUCGUGCAAAAUGGCCGCAGGUGUGAAUAGGAAGCAGUCGCAGGGCAGCAGGAAGGGCCUCCUCUCGGACUCCGGCCCCAGCCUCCCCGGCUUUCUGACGGGGUCUAGACAAUGAGCGAGGGAUGGAGGAGACCGGAGCGCGCCGCCCGCCCGCCCCGCCCUCAUGGACGCAGUCUCUCUUUGCAGCUGCUGGGAGCCUCAUCAACCACGGCGUUGGAUUUGUUUCUGUAAAAUCAUCUUUAUUGGGUUUUUGUAGCAGCUCCCGACCGAUUUCCACGGAGGGUCCCUCGUCUCUACCGCAUUGUUUUUCUGUACGUGUACAUUUGUAACAGAGUUGUGGUGAUGAUCAGUGAAUAUGUUUUUCCAUUUUUUUUUUUUUUUUUUUUGUGUAUGUAAUGUAUCAUUGCUAUUUUUUAUUUUUAUUGUAUUAUUGUUAUUAUAAUAUUAUCAUUUUAAGAUUAAUGUCUUUUAGUUUUUAGGGGCGUACUGUUAUGACGGAGACAGCACAUGUGCACAUAAGUCACAAAUACAGAUUCCUCUCACUCUUGAGUAUUGUUGAAAAGUUCAUUCAUAUCAGACAUUCGAUUCAAAACAUUUAGUUCACAUAUAUAUUAACCAGAGUUAUGUAUUUUAAGUGUUUAUGUUGGGGAUUAUAGCUUACAGCUAAUGAAUACUCUAAUUGCAGCUUUCAUAAUAAUUUGAGUAUUAAGUAAGAGCAAUAAAAAAAAGUUACAGGAAGGUAUGCAUUCAUGCAUUGAGCAGCAUAGGCGCUCAAUACUUGGUUAGGGCUCCUUUUGCAUUCAUUUCUGCAUCUGUAGAUUCUCUACAGGGGUAUUAUAUACAGUGGUACCUGCCAGUCAAGCUCAGUCUGCGUGAAAAAUCUGUGCGACUAGGCAACAGUACAGUCCUCCUCCUGGUUAGGCCAUGUAAGAACUUCAGGUUGUGUCUGGAUCCACAGCUGCUAAACACGAGAAACGUGACGGCUGUAGUCCAUGUUCUCGGGAAGCACCGAUAUGUUUUUCCCUCCACUGAACUUUCCAUUGACCUGCUAACAGCAGGGUGUACAUUAUCCACCAUGACUGUGUAGGUCAUAAGUUAACUUUGAUAAGUAGUUUUGUUUUUUUUCAUCUUCUUCUUUUAAAUUAGCCUAAACUUGGGGGAAAUCUAAGCUGAAUCUUAGAUUUUCAUUAGCUGUUGGUCAUAAUCAGCUAAAUAAACAACAGAUAUCACUCUGUUUGAUGAAUCUGUGUUAAAUGAGCUUCACAUUUUGAAUUUAAACUCUGAAAUAAACUUUCUGAUGAUAUUCAUGUCGUACUGAGACGCACCUGUCAUUUGCUGCGCAACACAGGGCUUCCUGUGAGCACACUGCCCCCUGCUGGUGGGACGUUGUCCACUACGGUACUGAUUGAGCUUUUCUUUUUCUUUUUUCUUUUUUUUUUUUAACACAUCCAGACUUUUUACCUUCCUGCUCACCAGCAGCAGCUGCGCCUCCUGCUCUAGGAACUUUCCUGCAGUGGAAAAAAAAAAAAAAGCACAGCUUUUAUUUAUUUGUGUACUUGUAAUUUGUUUAUAAGUGUUAUCCCUGUUUUUGUUUUUGUCGACUGCAGAAUUGGUAGCAACUGUAUAAAUUCUGCAGAUGUAUUCAGCAGAGUCCUCCAUCUGAGCCCGAAAGGUGCUGUCCACUCCACCCACCUCCCUCAACUUUUCACUCCAUGUGCAUAAUUUGUGAUCCUUUUUUUUUGUCUACCGUCUGUGCCGUAUCGGAGUAUUACUUUGACCCGGUGUAAGUCGAAGAUGAAAGGAAGGUCUGGAAGCUGCAAACCUUUGCUCCAGUGACUGUAAAGAGUGAUGCCCCUCCUCCGUCCGCUUCCUCCUCCUCCCUUUUUAUUCUCAUUUUUUCCAUCAGGCUGGCAUUCUUACACAAACACCACUCUCCCCCCCCCCCCCCCCUCGUAUUUCUAAAUUUAUUUUGUACAACUCUCCCAUGUUUUUGAUGUCUUCUUUUGUAAAUACUGUAAAAUGCAUUUUGAUAUCAUUGACAUGUUUUGAUAUUUUCAAAUCACAGCUGAACAGUUGAUCAGUAGCGUGCUGAUUCAGGCAAACUGUGUGUACUUGUAACCAGAAAUGAUAUGAAAUUUAAAAAAAGGAAAAAAAAAAAAAAAAAAAAGACGGAGCUGCUAUAGACUAUUAUGCUAUUUCACCUCACGACCCAUAAGAUGUUGGAGGGGGAGCAGGACAAAGGAGAAGAUUCACCUUUAGUUCGUUCUGCCAUAACUCAAGUCAUGUUUCAAACAUGGUGCGUUUGAGGCGACAAAGAAAAAUACAAGAUAGGAUUUGUUUUUGGGGAUUUUUUUUGUGAUUUUUGGCAGAAUUUUCCAAGGACUGAGCACAAAAACGACACUUGGUCUCAGAUGCACUGCAGCUCAGCUUCUUCUGACGCAACAAAAACAAAGCGGGGCACACAGGACGCUGGCUCUCAGUCCACCACACCGGAGAUCAGAGUACAUACUUUACUAUGAAGGAUUUUUUUUUUUUCUAAUCUAUUUAAAAUCAGGCAAGAGGGACGUUUGUAGAAGUAAGGGGAAGCAGAAGAAAAAGCCACACGGACAUAUUGGUUGCAAAGAUGAGGUAGAGAACGUGCAGGAACGUGCAUUUUCUCCCAUGUACUUUAACACUGUUGUAUAAAAUGCAGUUCGACUUCUCUUUCUGUCCUGUAAGUAAAGCCGUCACAGCGUUGAUCAUUACUGUAUUUCUAUUGUGCUGAUGUAUAAUACUGUAACAUUAAGGGACAGGGAGGGUUAAGAGAGGACUUUGGGGGCAGGAUUGGGAGUAAAGUUUUUUUUUUUUCAUUUGUUUUUUUUUUUUUUUUUUUCGUUGGGUUCCUCAUUUCCUCCUGAUGACAAAGCAGUAUUGAAUAUGAGGCAGGAAGUUGCUUUGUAUAUCAUGUUAGGGUAGUUUCAGAUCCUAAAUGUCUUGUGUAGUUUAAAAAAAAAAGAGAUUCCUUUGUAUGUUUCUUUAUAUUGUAAAGUUACUUUAGACAAAAAAAAAGUUGCUUAUUGGAAAAAAGGUUGGAAAUCUACAUUGAUGCUGAUUAAUGUACUUUAUUUUAUUGUUUUAAUUUCCAUCAACUUGUCGGUCGUUUUUUGCCUGUGUCCCCCUUGUUGUAGAUACAUAUUAAAAAGAAAUAAAAUGACUUCACUCCUUUUGCCAUGAA